ACCUGUUAAUGAUAUGUAUUGAUAAGGUGAGAAAGAACCUAAAAUGUGCGAUUCUAAUGUUGAAUCAAUCUUCGCCACAUUACAACGAAGUACCAUCUCAUCAAUAUCAGGCGAAAUUUGCAAAAGAUGUGGAAAAAAGGUAUAUCCUGUUGAAAGGAUUGACGUUGGCUUGGUUUUUCAUCGUUCCUGCUUCAAAUGUAAACAAUGCGAGAUUCAAUUAUCGUUGAAGUCUUUUCAAUUGAGCAGAGAUGAACAAGAUGUAUUUUGUGGUAAUCACGUUGCUAUCGCCAAUGCUCAGAUUAACAGAGACUCCCUCCAUAUCCAACAAGCCAUACAAUCGCAGAAGAUCUUUAGUCAAAGACCUGGCGUAACGCCCACUCUGCAAAGAAAAAAUACAUUUCAUCCUAUUCAUGAAUUAGAAACUAGUGGAGUAAUUAAUGCCCAAAGUGCUCUCGAAGAAAAUCACAGGGAAGAGGAAGAUGAAUUGUAUAGACAAAUGUUUGAUGAACGAAGAGCUCAGCUACGAGCUUUAGAUAGACAAAUGCAAACGGAACGAGAGAACGCCGUUAGCCUCCUUAUGAGAUACUUUGACACCAAGCAAACUUCAACAAAUGAAAGAGAAGCGAUUAUUAGAAAUUUAGAUAGAAUGCUAACUGGCCAAAGAACAGAAAGAGCACAAGAGCUUUUAAAAUUAAUUGCACUCGAAGAACAAGCAGCAGUUACUCGUAUGAUUGAGAAGCAUAGCAAGGAAAUGUUCUUACUUAUUCACAAUAAAGAUCGUUCAAUUUCCUCCGAAGAUGGCUCUAGUUCAAGACAAACUCAUGAACAGACGGAAGAAGAAGUGCAACUUUUAGCUGAUCCACCACCUGCACCCCCACUUUCUAGUAAAUUUGAUCUCUUCGAUUCGCCAAAAAUCUUUCGUCAUUUAGACCGACAGGCGUUAAGGGUUGCGGGGCAGCAAUAUGAGUCCUUCACAGAAUUAGUGAAAGUUUUAACAGCGAAUUGCAAGAGUGAUUUAGAAAAAGUAAGGGUAAUAUUCAAAUGGAUGUCGACUAGUCAAAUUACAGAGGAAGCUGAUCCUGAAUCCCCUUUGGGAUUGUUGAGAGGAGUACAACUUGGAACAGAGAGUUACCAUGAUCUCUUUAAGCGUUUAUGCGGUUACGCCGGUCUUAGAUGCAAAUUAAUUGAUGGUGUCUCCAAAGCAGCAGGAUAUAAGCCAGGAAUGUCACUUAUGAAAUUCCGAAAUCAGUGGACAGCAGUCUACGUCGAUGACGCUUGGCGUUUUAUAAAUUGUAACUGGGGAGCUAGACAUGCGAAAAAUUCAUCAGGAGAUCUCACGUAUGAAGUUGAUGAGUUUUACUUUCUAACAGAUCCUGAAGAUCAUAUUUAUCAACAUUUACCAGAUGAUCCUGAAUGGCAGCUACUAGAAAUUCCAGUUUCAAAAAUUGAUUUCCAGAGUCUUCCUGUUGUGAAAUCGCCUUUCUUCAAUCAAUCAUUAACUCUAACCGGUGUUUUUAGCGGUUUACUAACAACUGACCAAUUCGGUAAUGUUCAAGUUAGACUAAGAUCUCCGAAAAGAUUAAAUAUUGCGGGAAAAUUGGAACGUUUAAAGAAUUCCUUAUCUCGUCCUUCGCAAAAUGCAGAAUUGGAGAAUAGAACAUUUGUUGUGCUGAAAAAUUCGAAUGAAUACGUUGUUCAAGCAAGACCACCGACUAUGGGUAAAUUUCUGUUAGAAAUUUACGUAGAGAGUGAAUGGAUGGACGGGGAACUAGAUGCAGCAUGUUCGUUUCUCGUCAAAUCUAAUAUUGUUGCGCCUCAUGCAAAUAUUACGUUUCCACCAGUCGGUCUGGUCGGAUCGCUAACACCAAAACUCAAAGAAUUUUCACAUAAAGACGCUUACAUAGCUUGCAAUAAUGCUUCGUGCAAGAUCAGAGUUCUAAUGAAUACCGAAAUAGAAGAUUCUGAUCAUUUAUCAUUAAAAUUUAGACUCUGGGAUUCGACAAAAAAUCGUUUAAUCGACAGAGAUAAAUUCGCUCUAAUUGUAUCUAGAGACGAUCGCACAAUAGCCAUAGAAGCCUUAACGGCUACAAGAGCCAUAUAUUUAUUGUCUAUAUUUGUCAAUGGAGAGUGUUCAUUUAAAUAUUUAAUCGAAAAUUAUUCGAAUGCCGAACCAAAAAUUCGACCAUUUCCAAAACCGACCAAGAGAUGGCCAGCAAUAGGAUGCGAACUUCGCGCACCAUUAACUCGAUACCUGCCAGCCAACAAUCAAGUCCGCUUUGACUUUCUAGCAAGAAAUGCUAAGAGAAUGGUUAUUUCAAUUGGUGAAGAUUGGGUUGACUUAAUAGAAAGUAGAGGAACUUGGACAGGCCAAGUACAAACUGAUAAACAAGGAAACCUUAUCAUUUAUGCGUCUUUUGACGGAAGAAAGUUAAAACCUCUUCUUGAGUAUACAGUUCAAACAAUGCGUUAA